GUGGGGGAGGGAAACACUUGGGUGGCUCCCUCCAUGGGGGAGCGGUAGGGAGGUGCCUCUUCUUUCCAGGGGAGGACAAGGGAGAUGCCCUCCCUUUCCCCAAGCGCCCUUCUUUAUAGGGGGGCUCCUUUGCUGCCCGUAAGGGGUGGGGGUCGCUUGGCUGCGAUGUGGGGGUGCCCCCGGAGUACAGUCUCCCCGGCCCCCGGGGGAGAGGCUUCUCUGCCCAGCUGUUUUGUGACGAAUCUCCUUCCUCCCCCAUUCGGCGGCACAUCUCAGCCCUUUCUCCCCCCACCCCAGCCCGCGGCCGCCUGUGCUUAGGUGCGACACGUUGCCCACAGGCGGGAGGAGAUGCCGUGUAACAUCCUUCCCUGGCCUGUUGCUGCGGCCCCCGGUGUGGCUGUGAGAUGGGAGGAUCCUGCCUCUCCUUCGCUGAGUCGCGCUCGCGUGCCAAGGGCCCGAGUGCAGCUUGUCCCUGCCCGCCGAGGAGGAGGAGGGCGGGAAGAGGCCACAGCAAUUGACACACACCCGAGCCCGACGGGAAGCAGCUCUGUGUCGAGAGCGAGCAGGCUGGGCUCUGGGAGGAGGGGGUCCGACCCAAAACACAGCGGGGUUACGGAUUGCGGCUUCCACCCAACCACCCCACCCGCUGCUGCCCGGCUCCUCCCCUCGCAGGGCAAGGGGCGUCCUGCAGGCAGCUCCCUGGCACCCCCCCGCUCCGGUGCCUGCCCGCCCUCAGCCCCUGCGGUUAGAACGCGUGAACUGACACUUCACUUCCGGGUGGAAGGUCAGACGGGACGGAAGGCGGGGAUUGGCCGCUCGUUGGCAAACGGUUGCUAGGUAACCGCUUCAGGGCCAAGCCUGAGCUACGGACGGGCAGGCGCCCGUUUAGCCCGCAGAGGGGGAGUGGAUGAGCUUGGCCCUUUGAGGUGGCCGCGGCCGUCAGUGCCUGCUGCCCGGGAAGUGGGGCCUGUCCCUGCCCGGGGUGUGUGGAAGAGGGGCCUGGGGGAGCCCGUCCCUGCCCUGAAGCUGGGGUCGGGGGCAGGUGGAGGUUGCGGCCCCUGCCCCAUGUGCGGGCGCUGCGGGAGCGUUACAGCAGGCGGAGCUGCUCUGCGAUGAAGGCUGUGAGCGUGGCGCUGCUGCUGCUGCUGGCUCUCCUGGUCUCGGUGCACAAAACAGAAAAAAGUUUUGAAAACCAUAAGGAAAAAAAUGUUUCAAAACAGGAAGCACUGAAUGAAAGUCAACUAUUAACAAUGCAAGAUACAUUUUCUUCACAAGCAGAAGAUCUGGCUAGGAGAAAGAAGAAUGAGGAGCGAGGACAUCAGCUUUAUAAAAUGAGCAACAAAAUACUGAAACAUUCCAAAAGCAAAAAAGAGAAAGAGGAAGCUUACCAACUCCUUACUGAAGCAGCAGAUAUGGGACAUUUGAAAGCUAUGGAGAAAUUGGCUGCUGCUUUGCUGUUUGGUUAUCAUGGUCCUCAAAAUAUAACCGCAGCUGUGACAUUAUAUGAGACUUUGGCUGAAAAAGGAUCUCAUAAAGGCCAAACUGCUUUAGGAUUUAUGUUUUCAUAUGGCAUAGGAAUGGAGUAUAAUCAAGCCAAGGCACUUGUUUAUUACACAUUUGGAAGUCUUGGAGGAAAUUUGAUAUCCCAGAUGAUUUUGGGAUACCGUUACUGGGUCGGAAUCAAUGUUCCAAGAAAUUGUGAAGCAGCACUAACUAAUUACAGGAAAGUGGCAUAUUUCAUUGCUGAUAAAUUAGAAAAAAAUGAAGAAAUGCCAGUAGAAAAAGUGAGACUGAUGGAAAAAUCAGAAAAUCUGAGUUCUAACAAUGACUUCUUAGAUUGGGAUGUACACCAAUACUAUAAGUUUUUGGCUGAAAGAGGAGACACACAGAUACAGGUAUUUCUUGGACAAUUACAUCUUGCAGGAAGGAAGGGACUAGAGAAAGAUCAUUCUAAAGCUUUCUACUAUUUCCUAAAGGCAGCAAAAGCAGGGAAUACACAUGGUAUGGCAUUCCUGGGAAAGAUGUUUUUAGAAGGAAGUGUUGCAGUGACACAGAGUAAUGCUUCUGCUUUUAAGUACUUCACAAUGGCAGCUGAAAAGGGUAAUGCAGUUGGACUAUGGGGGCUAGGCAUUCUUUAUUUUCAAGGAAAAGGUGUUCCAGUGAACUAUACUGAAGCUUUUAAAUACUUUCAUAUAGCAGCUGAGAAAGGUUUGGCAGAUGCACAGUUCCAGCUAGGAGUCAUGUAUCACUCUGGCUCUGGAGUAAGGAAAGACUAUAAACUUGCCUUCAAAUAUUUUUACUUGGCAUCUCAAAAUGGACAACCCAUUGCUGUUUAUUAUUUGGCUCAGAUGUAUGCUGCAGGGACUGGAGUGUUUAGAUCAUGUCAAAAUGCAGUUGAGCUUUACCGAAGUGUUUGUGAACUAGGAAGUUGGUCUGAGAAAUUCCUGACUGCAUACUUCGCUUACCAGGAUGGUAAUAUAGAUUCAUCUCUUAUUCAAUAUGCAUUAUUAGCAGAAAUGGGGUAUGAAGUAGCUCAAAGUAAUUCAGCUUUCAUUUUGGAAUCUGAACAGGUUAAAAUUCUCAGUAAUGAUCAGAUGUAUCCAUUAGCACUUCUCCUGUGGAACAGAGCUGCAGCUCAAGGCAAUGCAUUUGCUAGAGUUAAAACUGGAGAUUACCACUUCUACGGUUAUGGAACCAAGAGGGAUUAUGUCACAGCAGCAAUUCAUUACAGCCUUGCAGUUGAUCACCACAUCGCUCAAGCCAUGUUUAAUCUGGCAUAUAUGUAUGAACAUGGUUUAGGUAUUCCAGAGGAUAUACAUUUGGCUAAAAGGUGGUAUGACCUCGCAGCACAAACAAGCUCAGAUGCUUCCAUUCCAGUGUUCUUGGCACGUAUGAAGCUAGAAGUUAAGCUUCUAUUCAGUGAGAUGCAACUUUUCAAGCAGUUUACUUCAAGUUGGAAAAUGUCAAAACUGGACACCGUGCUGCGACCACAUUGGGAUCUGUUUGCACUGGUAGUCAUAGUUAUUUUGCUUGUACUACUGAUAAGAAAUAGGUAGAACUGGGAAAAUGUUAACGUGAAAAUCUUUUGGUAGUUUCCUUUAUAUUCUAAAUAAAAAUUCUAUUACUCAUUUUUCUAACAUCUCUUUCUAAUACUUAUGGAACAAAGUGAAAAUACGUGUAGCUCUA